GACACGACACUUUGGAUGUCUUUUCAUUGCAGCUCUGGCCCUGCAACAGAUAAACUUUCCCUGGAAGGAAUAGUGGUGCAACGUGCUGAAUGCAGACCUGCAGCUAGUGAAAAUUACAUGAAACUGAAAAGAUUUCAGAUAGAAGAAUCUUCUAAACCUGUAAGGUUAUCGCAGCAACUGGACAAAGCAGUAACCACCAAUUAUAAACCUGUGGCUAAUCAUCAAUAUAAUAUUGAAUAUGAAAAGAAAAAGAAAGAAGAUGGAAAACGGGCUCGAGCUGAUAAACAACAAGUAUUGGACAUGCUCUUUUCAGCCUUUGAGAAACAUCAGUAUUACAACAUUAAAGACCUGGUGGACAUAACCAAACAGCCAGUGAUAUACUUGAAAGAAAUUCUAAGAGAAAUAGGCAUCUACAAUGUGAAGGGGACCCACAAAAACACAUGGGAGCUGAAGCCAGAAUAUAGACAUUACCAAGUGGAAGACAAAAGUGAUUAAGGAAACUGCUCAUGAAGCAAAAGAGAACGACGGAGAGCGAUUGCAGUGAGGGAGCUGUCAUGGGUUUGCAGACAGGACUGAGCACAGCGUAAUUCUGCAAGGUUAAAUAUAAAUGAAAGCAACCAUACUUUGUAAUUUUCCUUAGCUUCAUUUGUUUUUCAAAGGAAUAUUUCUUUUAAGUUUCUAUAAAUGUUUGUCUUUUGACAAAAAAAAAAAAUAUUUAUAGAAUAAACUUGGAUUAGAUUUAUCUUUCUUAGAAAUCUUUUUAAGUUCUGACUUGCUUUUUCUUGAUAGCUUUCUGGUUCUUCUAAGCCUCAAUGACUUGGAAGGAUAACGUGUCCCAGAGAAACCUGUAACUUCCUUUUUGUGCAUCCAAGUAGAACCAGGUUCAGGCUCUCACUUCUGCUGUCAUCCUUCAGGGCUUCACCUGGAAGGCUCCAAAGUCGUGCAGUGCUUGUGUAGUGAUUGGUGCACGGACACUGUGCUCCUUUGGCAAUCAGGCUUUAGGAAGAACAGCCAAAACAGCUCAUCACAGCCUUGAGACUUCCUGGGAACAAAUCAGCACAGCUAGAAAACCUUAAAACAAGGGCUACUAGAUACACAGUUCUGUAGGAAAGAUGGCAGUCCCUUCUAGGUGAUGACUGAGGCAAAAAGAGAACUGUCUGCUAGGUACAUCAGGGAACAGAUUUAUCUUUUGGUUUUUUAGUGUUACCUAUGUUUUGUGUUUAAGCAUACCAAUAAAAGCAUUAUUUUAAUUUGUACCAAGCAAUGACCUAUCUUACUGACUGAAGACAUGUCAUGAUUUAGAAAGUCUAAGUAUGCAGUUUUUUUAAACAGCAUGUUUUUAUUGGUGGCUUUUUGACAGGGUUCCCUUGUGCUUGGGGAAGAUUUCUUAAGGUGUCUGUCUCUCUGUGUUCCCCAUUUUUGAAAUGUAGAUUGUAGGGUUGCAUCCUUUUUUGGGAGAGAGCAGGGAGGAAGGUGGUACAGGACCACUUAAUUAUAUUCUCAGAGCUUGUGUGUUAAAAAACAGAGCAAAGAAAACAGUGAAAAA